AUAGUUGAGCCGACUUGCAGCGUCUGGACGCGGGAAUGGGGUGCUGCGCGGGCGCGAUCUAGGUGCAGAGCGAUGGUGCUUCGCCCUUUCAGGAAGUGUAGGUCCGGUGGCUCUCCUGGGCGUGCACCUUCAGGGACGCUGAGCCACCGCUGGUGUGUGAGGACCGAAGAAUUUGUUCUGUCAGGCAAGGAACAGUGCUUCCUGAAGAACUACCAUGUCUGGAAACAGUGAAUUUUCCUCAGAUCACAGAAGCAGCAGCAGCAGUACCAGCUCUAAAUCCCACACCACAAACCUUCGAAAGGCAGGGAAGAAAUGCUCAUGGGCUUCCUACAUGACCAACUCUCCAACUCUCAUUGUUAUGAUUGGUUUGCCAGCCCGGGGUAAAACUUACGUGUCCAAGAAACUAACACGUUACCUCAACUGGAUUGGCGUACCCACCAAAGUGUUUAAUCUUGGGGUAUAUCGGCGUGAAGCAGUCAAGUCCUAUAAGUCUUAUGACUUCUUCAGACAUGACAAUGAAGAGGCUAUGAAGAUCCGCAAACAGUGUGCUCUGGUAGCACUGGAAGAUGUUAAGUCCUAUUUUACUGAAGAGAGUGGACAGAUUGCAGUGUUUGAUGCCACCAAUACUACUCGGGAGAGGAGGGACAUGAUUUUGAACUUUGCCAAGCAGAAUGCCUUCAAGGUGUUCUUUGUGGAAUCUGUCUGCGAUGAUCCUGAUGUCAUUGCUGCCAAUAUUCUGGAGGUAAAAGUGUCAAGUCCUGACUACCCUGAAAGAAAUAGGGAGAAUGUGAUGGAGGACUUCCUGAAGAGAAUUGAGUGCUACAAAGUCACUUACCAGCCCCUUGACCCAGACAACUAUGAUAAGGAUCUUUCUUUCAUCAAGGUGAUAAAUGUAGGCCAGAGAUUUCUGGUCAACAGAGUACAGGACUACAUCCAGAGUAAGAUUGUCUACUACCUUAUGAAUAUCCAUGUCCAGCCUCGCACCAUCUACCUUUGCCGGCAUGGAGAGAGCGAAUUCAAUCUUUUGGGAAAGAUUGGGGGUGACUCUGGCCUUUCAUUUCGAGGAAAGCAGUUUGCUCAGGCUCUGAAGAAGUUUCUGGAGGAACAGGAGAUCCAGGACCUCAAAGUGUGGACAAGCCAGUUGAAGAGAACAAUUCAAACAGCUGAGUCCCUUGGGGUCACCUAUGAGCAGUGGAAGAUCCUAAAUGAGAUCGAUGCUGGUGUGUGUGAGGAGAUGACAUAUUUGGAGAUUGAGAAACAGUACCCAGAGGAAUUUGCACUCCGAGAUCAAGAGAAGUAUCUGUAUCGAUAUCCUGGUGGGGAGUCAUACCAGGACCUGGUGCAGCGGCUGGAGCCUGUCAUCAUGGAGCUGGAGCGUCAGGGCAACAUCCUUGUCAUCUCCCACCAGGCUGUCAUGCGCUGCUUACUGGCCUACUUCUUGGAUAAAGGCGCAGAUGAGCUGCCAUACUUGCGGUGUCCCCUCCACACCAUCUUCAAGCUUACUCCUGUGGCCUACGGUUGCAAAGUGGAAACAAUUAAAAUGAAUGUGGAGGCUGUGGACACACAUCGUGACAAGCCAACUCACAACUUCCCCAAGAACCAAACCCCUGUAAGGAUGAGAAGGAACAGCUUUACGCCUCUGUCCAGUUCGAACACAAUAAGGCGUCCAAGAAAUUACAGUGUUGGGAGCCGGCCCCUCAAGCCCCUCAGCCCUCUCCGUGCCCUGGACAUGCAAGAAGGGGUGGACCAGCCGAAGACCCAAGUCAGCAUUCCGGUGGUGUAACUGUGUGUUUCCCUCCAGCUUUGGCCUCUUGCCCUUGCCACUAAUCAACUAAGAAGUCAUUUAACUUUACCCCACUCCUGUUCCAACAUUAAUCUGAACAUGGAAUAUGAGCUCAUGCGUGUGCAGAGCAGCCUUAGCCAUUUUCCAGUGUAAACACCUCACCCAGGGGCAAGAUGGCAAGUUGGGUCUUUUAGGACAGGUCCUCAGAUGGGAUGGUCUAAGGAAGGGGAGCCAAGCAUGAGUCAUAGACUUGGUUCUGUUUCCUGAUGUCUGAACCCACUAAUGUCUCUGUGAAUUGUGUGUGUGUGUAGGUGUUGGGGGGAGGGAGUGUUGACUUAGAGGGAGAUAUAAAAACCCAUUUGUCCUUCACCUGUGUCCUCUUAAUCUGUCUUUACACUCUUAACUUCCUGUCAUAAGCUUCUCUUUGGAUUGUCUGAUACGAUGCAUGGCAUUGUGAUGUCUUAAAGUAAGGACUGUUGAUAGGAGUCUAAGCCCCAGGGUGCUGUCUGCAAGUGGGUCUAGAGCUACACUGGGAGUUUCCCCUUCCCUUCUCCCUUCCUCUCCAGCCAGGUCCUGCAGGGGUCAGCCCAGGCUACAGAACAUCCACAGAAAGCCCUGGAGUUUGCAAACGGACAUAGGGUGAGAGCUCUUGCCUCUUUUCAUGAGAAACAGGCCUCAGGUUUUCCUGCGCUGGGGGCUGGCUCGAAGAAUGUGGGCAUGUUUUGGUUUGUGUUACUAACUUAAGGAGCCAGACGGUCCUUUGCUGGCUGUGGAGUGGGGCUGGGGGUGGGGUGAAGUCUGACUUACAAAUUCACAGGUUAGACUUUUUGUCCUGUGGCUCUCAGUUUCUAUGCCAUUUUAUGUAGCCCAUGACCUUUUGGGUGGUUUAAAAGCACCAGGACCCACCAUUGAGCCCUGAGUUUCUCCAGGCAAUAAGUUUAGUAAAGCUGCUCAUUGUUUACCAGUACUUUCUAGAAUAAUUUCUUAAAGCUAAGUUUUACAUGAAAAAUUUUAUUUUUUGAUCAUGAAAAAAGUUUUGAUGGUGAACUUUACCUCUCUUCUUGGGGGCAUUUUGUCUGUGUUAGAAACUAUCUCAAUAUUCCCGGGGUUUGGCUUUUAAAAGUUUGUAUGUAUCUGUUGCUUGAUUAAAGGGGAUUCUCUGUACUGGCCCAGGGCCUUGUGCUUGCUGAGAGAUCUCUCUGAUGCUGAGCUCAGUGCCAGUUCACUCAUGUAUAUUUUCCUUAGUGACAAAUCAGAAGAGACAGGUGACUCAUUACUUCUCAAUUUGUCAUGGGAUGACUGCUGAGUUGCAAGUUAGCAAUUUUCUAUGAGACUUUUUCUUGUGCUAGAAAGCUUUUUGCAGUGUUCUUAUCCAGAAACAUUCCUUUGACUGUGCUGUAGAAUUUUUGAAAUAUACAGCCUGGGUUCCUUUGAAUCAGGCUAAGUACUGCUUCAAGAUUGGAGUCUAGAUAAUCCCUUAGGGGUCAAUCCACUAAGAGUCAGUCCCAGGUUAAGAAGGCCAACUUGAGGGGCUGAAGAGAUGUCUCAGCCAUCAAGAACACAUGCUGCUCUUCUAGAGAUUCAGAACUUGUGCCCAGCCUUCCUGUGGAGUGGCUGCUGCUGUAAGCCUGUAACUCCAGCUCCAGGGUAUCUGAUGCCCUCUUCUGGGCUCUCCAGGUAUUUUCACAUAUGUAGCUCAAAUAUAUAUAGACACACAAAUAUACAUAAAUUAAACUAAAUCUUCUUCUUAAAUCCUACUUUAUGAAGCUGGAUAGAAAAAUACCAGUCUAUUGGUUUCUUAGACAAAGUAUUAUCAGAUUGGAAAUUCUGAAUUCUUGGUUCUGAAAAGACAAUUCUUUGGAAUUGUGCUGGGGCAGAGCACUAUUUUGACUGAAGUAAUCUUUCAAAGGCAGGCCUUUCUGUUAGAAAGGUAUUGUAGGUUCUAGUCCCAUCUGUAUCCUUCACACUGCAAGGGGGAUGGGCAACAAAUUACUGACAUCAACACAUAUCCUUGGGUCCAUGCUGAAAAUUUUUAUAUAAGGUGAAGGUGCACUGACCUGGAACCUGUGGCCUGAUGGAGGUGAUCAUUGAUUGCUGACAUCUGGCCUUGAGAGUCUUACCUUAGUGCCGAGGCUGCCAGCUUCCUGAAACUCAUUCCAACACUAAGGAACUGGCAAUUUCUGUGAGGCAGUGUGCACUGUCCCGUCUGCCUUUGUUUGUAGGCACUUAGCUUGUAUGGGAAACGUGCAAAAAGACAAAACAAAAAUCCCCUUUCCUUGCCCUGGAGAUUAGAAACAAAAACAAAAUAAUAACAAAUCAACCUUUAAGAGGCUAGGCGUACACACAUGUUUAGGGCUCACCAGUUGAGAUCGGAUAACCUGUCUGAGGGCUUGUUCUCGAGAAGACUGAGUCUCCCUCUCUCAGCAGCUGUUGAAUGCCUGUGGCUCUUCCUCUGGAGUGUAGUUUCUAUACACACAAAUAUGUGCAUGUAUGUAUAUGCGUGCCACAGUAACUACAGAAGGAAUCAUGAACUUGAGAGAGUGGGGGGAAACUUUGGAGUAGUUGGAGGGGGAGCACGGGGCCUAGAAUACAGUACUGAUGUGAAAUACCAAAAGUAAAAUUUAAAAAGUCAGGAGAUGUAAUUGAUAAAUGCAUAUUUGCAAGAGAAUUAAUCAGUCUAGAAAAAAUGACAUUGGAGUAGAGUAUAGCUUAUCUUCUGACAGUUUUCUUGUUCUAUAGCUGUGAGACUCAAGGGGUUGGCAUGUCUUCUCCUCACAGUGUGAGGAUGAGGUGUGGUCUGUCUGGCUUGUUUACACAGUUGCCUUGUUUGCUGCUUAGUUACUAGCAACCCUGGUCCAAAUUUGCAUCCAGUAUUUUCUUUUGCUUCAUGGAAAUAGUGAUUCUGAGCUACUAAGUGAGAAGAGGAAGAACAGGGAUCCAAUAACUGAGGACCUAGGGUGGAAGAGGAGACCUUUCUGACCACCUGGAAUUGAGCUGGCCUGUUGUAAUUGCCACCUUUAGGAGCACAUCACUGAAUACUGACUGUCAGUCUACUAAUUGCUCUUCUGGUUUCCAUUGUGUUAGUUCACUGCUCUUACAAGAAGACCUGGGCUAGUCUGUUAUCCCUGCAUAACAAGGAACAGAAGUUACAGCUGAAAGCAGGAGUCUCUACAUCCUUCAGCUUUUAGAGCCUGAUCCUUAAGAGGAGCUGAGCAGGAGAACUCAGAAUGGAAAGUACUCUUAUUCCAGAGUUUAGGAAGUUCCACAUCUCAGUUCCCAUUGCCCUCCCUUCUCAUUACUUACUGGUGGGAGAUUUACCUUGCUGUGCUUGUGUCUAUGUUUCACAAGCCCUACAAAGAAAAUAUGACUUCUAGAAUACUCUGUAUUGAGGCUUUCAAUUUUCUUAUUGAAAAAAUAGGCAAAGGCUUGAUCUAUCUACCUGUAUAAAACAAGGAAGAUUGUGUUUGUUUAUUUAUUUAUUUUACACAGCUGAGUGGGAGGUGAAACCCUGAAAAAUGGUAGGAAAGGAGCUGAAGAUACAGGUCAGUGGUAGAGUACUUGCCUAGCAUGUAGGAGGCUCUGGGUUCAAUCCCCAGGACUGGGGAAACCAAAACCAGAGCACUAAACAAUACUGAAUGAGAAAAUCGGGAAACAGACUUGAAAGAGCAAUCUCAAGGAGAUUUAGAGAACUGCUACUGUCCUGUCUUGUUUCUAAACUAGAAUUUAGCACUUACUGUUGAGCCAGGUAACAGGAUUGCCGCACAAGAUCUUGGCUUUUCCCUAGAGGUGAUGGACUUACAUCAGAAGUGUGGCUAAGAAUUUAGUUUUGUAGUGUCCAGAAGACUAGUGGUCUGUUUGCCAACAGUCUAUCAUUUCUCAUUGUAUUGAUUGGUAAGAUAUGCACAUUAUUAUAAUUCCUUGCCUAUUACACAUGUUCUACAAGAAAGGAAGUGAAUAUUUUACAUAUUUCCAUUGUGGAAAAGUUCUAUAUAACUUUUACUUCUAUAGUUAUAUUUAUAUAACUAUAAAAAGUUAUAGCUAUAUAAUUAUAACUUUUCACAGACAAUUAUUGUAAAAUAGUGACCAACUUCUUAUUAUUUUUCAAAUGUUGUUGUAGAUUACUUGUAUGGCAUUUUGUGACCCUAGCUAAGGUAAGAACAAUUGUGACUUCCUGAAGUCACAGUAACAGUUAAAUUGUGACUUGAAGUCAUUUCUUCCAGUUCCUUGCUUCAGGCAGGAUUUCCCUUUUCCCAGCCAUUCCUGAACCUUCUCUAAAAACCUGCCCUGUCCUGGGCUGUAGUGUCUUCACUGAGAGUGCUGCUGUUUUCUUUGCUGUGUGUUUGGCCUUUACUCUUAAUCUUAGGCAAAGGGAAAUGUGCACCCAAGAAUUGAUCUUAAGAGUGGGUCAGAGUAUUUCUUCCCACAACCUUUCACUGGAUAUAUAACUGAUGUGCAUGUGACUCAGUUUAAAACAUUCUGAACUGUGCAUAGUUUUUUGUUGUUGUUGAAGCAACGAGGUCACCUUACUCAGAUGUGGUGGUUUUCCUGUGGCAAAAGCAAAGGACUUAUCACAAAUGGGCAUGUAAUAUAGAGAGGGCUGAAUGGUCCUUGUUUGGAUGGAAGUGGGCAGACAUAGGAAGGCCAAUAAUAGAAUUUUAUUGCAGAUUUCUUAGUAACAGCACUGCUGAAAGUGGGGAUGCCAAUCUUUAGUAGCAUUCUGAUUUAUUCUUGUGAUAUUGAUAAUGAAAUAUUGCAUCAGGUCCAUUUAAAGAAUAUAUAAUUGUAUUUGAAAUGUGUUUUAUGUGCAUGUCUGUGUAGAACGGGUUAAUAAAGUUGUUGAGUAACUUGAA